GUUGCAGUCCUACUUUUCAAAGCCCUUCACAAUCCUUCUUUCACGUCUUCACCUUCUCCUUUACAAUACAAAAAGAAACCAUGGAGAAUCCACGUCUCCAAUUAAUAAUCAUAACCUUUGACCUCCAUUUCCGGUUUCUUCCUCAUUUCCAUUCCAAAUUCUCUCAGCCAUGGAACCCUCUGACAUCGAAUCCGUACUCCAUUUCUUCAGAAAAAACCAUCUUUCAGUCUCUGAAUCCGCACUCAUCGACGACAUAUUUGAGAAAUCCCAGGUGGGUUCUUCCGAUUUUCACAAUUUUCUCUUUCCCCCAUCACUUCCACCUCUCAAGAUUCCCGCUGCUCGCUGUCUUCCUCCGCCACUGAAACCGGCGGAAGAUCUUGCAACCUCCGAUGCUUCUUCUGAUCAGGAGUUCAUCAGCUUGGGUUCUUCCACCACUGAUUUAUGCUCCUCAGAAUUCACAAACCCAUAUGGGAUCAGGAUUCCGACAGGGGCAAACUCUCACGCUUCAUCAGAUAGAUUGUCUCAAUUUGGUACUGCUCGUGAUUACCAUGAAUUUGACAUGCAAAAUGACUUAAAUUGGUAUAAAGAGAAAGACGAAGACUACGCUAUGCCUAUGCCAUCUUGCUUUGACCACUCAGAUCCUUUCGGUCGUCCAACUGAGGAUAAAUACGUAACAACUUUAGAUCAAAAUAACCAAAACGAGAAUCUUGAAAUGGUUCUUGAUCCCUUAUUAGACCCAUUAGAGAAAACUAAUCGUCUUCAUAAAGUAUGGCCUACCUGCAUCGGGUAUUUGAAAGAGGGCAUCGAGGUCACAGAAUACUACGAGCCUGACACAAAAUCCACCACUUUAUGUAGCGCUUUAAAAGGAAUCGAUUUGAAUGAUUUUCACGAUCUUGUUGGGGAUUCUAAAAGAACCAAUGACUUACAAGAUAAUACGGGAGAGAAAGAUUUUGACUUUAACGUAAAUAGUGAUGGUGCUUUUGAUGGAGAAAUCCAAGAAUUUUGUGAUCGGGAUUCUGCUAAAGUUGAAGAAGGAGACGCCAUUGCCACAAAUGAAGACGAAUGCGAAGUGUUUGAUUUGAGAAUUAUACACCGGAAAAACAGGACUGGUUUUGAAGAGAACAAGGAUCUACCGAUUGUUUUAAACAGUGUGAUUGGGAGCCGAUAUGUUGUUACAGAGUAUCUUGGUUCGGCUGCAUUCAGUAAAGUCGUUCAGGCACGUGAUCUCCAGACAGGAGUUGAUGUUUGUUUAAAGAUUAUAAAGAACGAAAAAGAUUUCUUUGAUCAAAGCUUAGAUGAAAUCAAGCUUUUGAAGCUUGUAAACAAGCAUGAUCCUGCAGAUGAACGCCACAUUUUACGGCUUUAUGAUUAUUUCUAUUUUCAUGAACAUCUCAUCAUUGUUAGUGAACUGCUACGUGCCAAUUUAUAUGAAUUCCAAAAAUUCAAUCGAGAUUCGGGUGGGGAGCCUUAUUUCACAAUGACGAGGCUACAGGUGAUAACAAAGCAAUGUUUGGAAGCUUUGGAAUACUUGCAUGGACUUGGAAUUAUACAUUGUGAUUUAAAACCCGAGAACAUUCUCAUCAAAAGCUAUAGCAGAUGUGAGAUCAAGAUUAUCGAUCUUGGAAGCAGUUGUUUUCAAAACGAUAAAUUGUCAUUAUAUGUGCAAUCUCGUUCUUAUAGGGCACCUGAAGUCAUCAUCGGUCUUCCAUAUGACCAGAGAGUUGACUUAUGGUCUCUUGGUUGUAUCUUGGCUGAAUUAUCAUCUGGUGAUGUACUAUUUCCAAACGAUACCCUUGUGUUCUUGCUUGCAAAAGUGAUUGGAAUGAUCGGACCAAUUGAUAGUGAUAUGCUAAUGAGGGGCCAAGAAACAAGCAAGUAUUUCACAAACGAGUUUGAUCUUUAUCGGAUAAACGAGGAAACGAAGCAACAGGAAUACAUAAUUCCACAAGAAACAUCAUUAGAGGAACAGAUACAAGUUUCUGAUACAUUAUUCAUCGAUUUUAUUAGCGACUUACUUGAGAUCAAUCCAAAAAGGCGGCCAACAGCUACAGAAGCCUUGAAACAUCAUUGGCUCUCGUUUCCCUACGAGACAUGAUUCAAACUUUAUAUUUUGUUAAAUUUAGUUUUCACUUUAUAAUCUCAAUUUGUUUUUAGUUGUAGAUAUAGGCUUUCAUUUCGUACCCAAGACAAAAUAUAGAUAAACAUAACCUAUUUUUUAGUAUCUUAUCCAUAUAGCUAC